CUUUUAUAUUAGGGUGAGAGGAACUGAGUUGUUUCGUCUGGUGCGAUCUACUCUUUAUUAGUAGCUGCAGUUAUGGGACACAAAUUGUUCUUGCUGCUGCCAUAUUACUUACGUGAGAUAUUAUAAUAGACUGGCAUCCACUGUAAAGUAUUACUGACUUUCAAAACUGAACUGUAGCCAGGGUUUCGAUUAAUGAUUGAAACUAGUUUUGAGUGUUGGUUUCUUAAUGUUUGCAACCACUUGUAGCUAUAUGACCUUUAACAAUACAUGGCGGAAAAUCCAAACAGCCACUUGACCUUGAAGUUAGAAGCAUGAUCUCCGUACUAGUUGGAUUGAAUUGGUGCAUUUGAUAACUGAGACAGGAAGUAAAUCUCCAUGCUGUUGUUAUUGUUAUCGUCGUCGUUGUCAUCAUCAUAUUUUGCAUAAUUCUGGUAAACAUUUAUCAUCUGUUGAGCAAUGGAGAUUUCCUACUCGUCUUCUAAUCCUAUUCCCACUUCACAACACAAUUUACCAUCAUAUUCAAACACAAAAUAUAAUGGUGUGAAUACAAUUACAGAGGAUACUUCACAGAACAAUAUGAAACAUUUAAGUAAUUCAUCUGAUUCAUUUAUGAAUAAUUCUUCAUUAGUGCCUUCAUCUGAUUGCCCAAGUAUAGUAUUCCAUGAGAGACCAUCUAGUCCACGACGUCUUAUUACAACUAACAAGAAAACAAUGCAUGUACGUGCACUUUUUGAUUAUGAUCCAACUAUGGAUAGUGGUUUGCCAAGUCGUGGUCUACCUUUUCAACAUGGUGAUAUUCUGCAUGUUGUCAACGCUAGCGAUCGUGAAUGGUGGCAAGCUAGACGAAUAUCUUUAGCAUCUGAUGUUGAAAAUGCUCAACCUGUCGGUUCAACUUAUUCUACUAACAAAAAUAAUAGUAAUUACAAUAGUACGAGUACUCAGAUGCAUACACCUACACUUACUACCACUACUACUACUACGUUUACUGGAUUGGGUAUUAUUCCCAGCUGUCAGCGUAUCGAAAGACGUCAGAAGACUCGAUUAAAACGUGUAAAUUUCGUUGGCAAAGUAACUGUAAUUGGUGCAACACCUUAUACACAUUCUACUUCCUCUUCAAAUCCAUCUGUUGUCAAUUCGACAGCACCUCUGUCAUCACCGUGGGACAUAAGUAAUAAUAUUUCUACUACUGUGAACAGUAAUAAUAAUAACAAUUGUAAUAAUAAUAAUAAUAAUGGAAGUAGGAUUACUGAUUUCUCAGGCGGUUCAAAUAAUUCGAAUCUCUUGAGAAAUAAUUCUUUAGAUGUGAAUGCAAGAGAUAGUUCACGCAAAAUGUCUAUUGGUUCAGAAACGAGUAACAAUGAUCCUAGCAAAAAAAAGAGAUCAAGCAGUUUGACAAGAAAUCUGUUCAAAUGUUUUUCUCAUCGAUCUAUCAAAAAUGAUUCAGUCGGUGGUGUUAUGACGAUUACGCGGACAGGAUCGUUGGAUACAGUGAAUCAGAAUCGAUAUCCUGCUGUACGUAGUUAUGAUCUUGUUGUCCCAAUCACAAUAUCAAUGUCACGUCCUUUAAUACUCUUUGGACCGUUAAAAGACCAAAUAUUUGAUGAAUUACUAUUAAAAGACAUUAAAUAUACAACAUGUUUACUACACACUAGUAGACCACAAAGACCGAAUGAACGUAAUGGUAUUGAUUAUUACUUUGUCACUUCGAAAUCCACAAUGGAAGAGGAUAUUAAACAAGGCAAAUAUAUUGAAAUCAAUAGAUUCCAGGAUAAUUAUUAUGCAAUAAGUUUAGAUACAAUUCGUUCUACCCUACAAUCUGGUCAAAUAUGUAUCUUAGACGUUGGAUUAGAUUCAGCAAAGUACUUAGAUGAAAUUGGUCUGUUCCCCAUAACAAUCCUGCUGAAACCCAAAUCUAUUACACAUUUACGUGUGCUGCAGCGUAGGCUAACUGAAGAUCAGGCAAAACGACUAAUGGAGUCAAUACAACACAUUGAAGAUGAAAACUGGCGAUUUCUUUCGGCUAUUAUGACAUAUGAGAGUGUAGAAAAUCUCUUGACUUCAAUUCACAAAUUUGUACAACUUCAUAGUGGCCCUGUGAUUUGGGUACCAUCCACCUUGUCUGUAACUAAUCCCGAUGUUCAGUGUCCAACUGGUACGUCUACUAUAAAUCAUAAUCAAAUAAUAAUUGGAAAUAAUAAUCAAAAUAUUAGUGCCUUACUGCCACCGGCACCACAGCCUGUGGCAGCGUCAUCCUCUUCUGUAAAUGCCACCGUCAAUUUCAAACAAUACAACAACAAUAGUAAUAACAUACAAAACCCUUCAACUCGCUUCGGUGUUUGAUUUCGUUUGGGAUGCAGGAAAAUAGGCAGUUCAAAGUAAUCAGAGGGAAGAAACAUCUUUGUGUGCAUGUUACAGUUGUUUUCUUUCCUCCCCCACCGCUUUCCCCCUUUGUUCACACAGCCGUUCCCUUUUCUCUUUUAGUUCUAAUUCACCAUCUUCGUGCUUUUGCUAUCUGCCUUCUGUUUCUUUCUUCUUCUCUGUUGUUUCUUUUCCUUUUAUAUUGUUUUCCACUUGUUAUCUUAAUAAGAGGUUAUUAUGAUUAUUACUAUAGUGAUGUACUACUUUUUGCUUGUCAAACUUAUACACUGCGAUUUCUUUCGUUUUGGACUUGUCUUUUUCCUUUUUUGAUGAUCUCCAAAAUAUCGCAUUAAACCUGUUGUAUGUUUGGAUGUGUCUAUCAGUGUUAUUAUUGCUAGCCUACUCUUGACUCACAGCAGCAGCAAUAUGGCUACAUAAAUUGGUGAUUAUUUUCAUUACUAUUGGUAUUAUCGUUAUCACUGUUACUUUUACCUGUCACUUAUUUUGUGUAUACGGGAGUACGUGUGUAUUCUUCCGUGUUACUCUUCCUAAGCUUUAUGUUUGUUGUCAGCUCGUGAUAAUAAGGAUUAUCAUAAUCUGAAAAUGGGAUUUAUUAAUGCCAGAGUUGUGAUCUUCACGUAUUCAGUCUGUCUAAUUGAGUCACGUAUAUAUAUAUAUACAUAUAUAUAAAACACAUAACACAUAUAUCUGUGAGAAAUGAAUAUGUUGACAAAGUAACGAUUAUUAUUAUUAAUGUUUAUAUUCGCUUAACUGCAUUCUUCCCUUAUAAUGUAGAAUUGUGAUCAGUAAAUACCACAGUCUUGGUAUUUUACCUCUGUUACACUAAUACUACUCUGUUCUACUACAACAAAUUAUAGUUCAACUGUGUUAUCCUUGUAGGCUUGAUACCUAUAAUUUCCACUUUCAUUUCAUGUUGCUGGCAUCGAAUUCGAUAAUUCUAUCAACAGUAAUAAUAAUAAAGCUUUCGUUUGCUUACAAUGUACAAUUUAUACAUGAAAAUAAAGAAGAUAAAAUUAACUAGACACAGGAUUUUGGUGUGUUUUUGAGUGUGAAAACGACCUAUUCUUUUCCCGCAAAAAUAUCUGUUAAUUGUUACAUUUAAUGAACCAUGUGAUGAGUGAAUUAUUGAAGAUUAAAUACUAUAUAUAUAUAUAUAUAUAUAU